AUGACCGCUUGCGCGUUUUUGGCGGCGGUGCUCGCGUGCACCGCCGCGGUCGCGUUGGCCGGCGGUUCGCCCGUCUUCCAGUCCGGAGCUUACGACAACGUGGUGGUCGCCAUCAAGGAUUCCGUUCCGGUGGCAAACUGCAAGCAGAUCGUCAACAACGUCGAGGCGGCGUUCACUAGUGGAUCGAAAUCUUUGCACGAAGCGCUCAGCGGCAAGGCUUAUUUCCGGUCGGUGACCGUGAUGCUUCCGCAAAACUGGCCGGACCACUGUGUCGGUCAUCUGCGUGGGAUCGUCAGCAGUCAGGGAGAGACGCCAGACAUGCUCGUCGGACUUCCGCACCCGGUUCACGGAGACGCCCUGUGGACGCAACAGUCACAAGGUUGCGGCCGUCCCGGUGACGCCAUAUACUCCAGUUACAGGCUGUUCCAAGAGUCCCGAGACCUGGGUAAGGAGCUGACCAAACAGUGGGCCAAAUACCGGUACGGCGUGUUCGACGAAGUCGGAUACGCCGGCGACGCGGUAUACCCGUCAUGUUACGCGUCCGAAACGUCUCCUUCGGAGGUCAACGGAUGUUCUGACAAACCAAUUUCCCAGACCAGAGCUUGUGAUUCCAUCAACACAACAUCAUUAGUCCAUCCGGAAGCAAAAACUUCACUCAUGUUUUCCACAGCAUCUCAAGUGACAAAGUUCUGCGACGCUUCCAGCCACGACCGUUACGCGCCGACCAAACAAAAUGCUCUUUGCGGAAGGCGGAGUAUCAUGGAGGUCAUAAAUACUCAUCCGGACUUCACUAAAGGUGUGAACUUAUCGGGAAAUCAAAAUUUGACACCGACGUUCAUCUUCAAGAAAGAAAUGCUCACCAGAUACGUAGUGGUUAUCGAAGACACGAAAGAUAUGAUGGAAAGGGAAUCUUGGAGCUUUUUAAGAUUGGCUAUUCGUAAAUGGGCCGUACACGAUCUUCCAGCCAACACGGAAGUCGGGCUAGUUUCGGCCAACGAUUCUUCAGCCAACCGCCUGCACGGACUGAGCAGAUUACAAACGCCAGAAGCAAGAGACCAAGUGGCGUCGAACAUCCCAUACUCUACUGGUGACUCGAGGCAGCCAGCGUGUUUAGCCUGCGCGUUGAAAGAAGCUAUACAGAUGUUGGAAACUCGAGCAAGCAAUAGUGGUCCUGCCAGUUCGGUCAUCGUGGUGAUCGCCCCUGGAACUUUGGCAUCAUACACGCCGGACUUGGCUAAACAAGUGUCAGAAGCCAAAGAUAAAAACAUACGUUUGGCGACCGUCACGUACCCGAUGCUCAAUAGGCUCAAAUCAUUAGACUGGAUGGCCGAUAAGACUGGUGGUGUUUCGUUCACAGUCACGGAAAACCGUUACAACAUGGCCACGUCGUACUUAUCCACUUACUUCAAGUUGACAAACGUCAUGCGCAAUAUUAUGGAAACGUACUACCAGGGCAACAAAGGCGAUUUGCCAGUAGAAAUUCACAGACGUGAACUAACCGACGAUGGACGGACCGUGGUAACCGGGAGCUUCGUUUUGGAGGAUCAUAUGGGUGAACCAGCCAAGUUCACCGUUUACACUCACAAUACGGAAAAUCCACUGAUCAGAGCCAUCACCCUGACCAGCCCAUCACAACGGGUCUAUUCAACCCGAUCCGAUUCGCUGUUAUCACUUAAAAUGCUCAGCGUGCCGGCCGCCAUAAACGAGACCGGAACGUGGACAUACCACAUCGAACGGUUCCAGGGAAGUCCGCAACCGCAUUACGUGCAAGUAAUGGCCAAACCGCUAUCGAAGAAUUCUCCUGUGGUCAGAGCUAGGGCUUGGACAAGUGGAACGACCAAUCCAUUGACGAUUUAUGCCGAAGUCAAACGAGGUGACUAUCCAGUGCUCGGCGCCAAGGUUGAAGUGUCUGUCAUCCGACCUGGUUUAAACGGUUCGAACGCUCAUCGUGAAAAGUUUGAUCUUUUGGAUACCGGAAGUGGAGAUCCGGAUCUCAUGAAAGGUGAUGGAAUUUAUUCACGAUAUUUCAACCCGAUGAUUGGUGGACUUGGAGUUUAUACUUUUGAAAUCACAGUUUCGGACAGCAGCAGCAAUGCGUACACUUGGCAACACAGCUCCCACAGGAACAUCGAACGAAAUCCCGUAAAUUCCGAAUCGAACUGCUGCGGAUCAUUUAUGACAUCACCGUCAGUGGAACAACUUAAUCCGUUUCAACGGAUUAUCACCCCACUAUCCGUCACAUACACCGCUGAUGAUCUGUCGUCAUCUUCGGCGAAUGUAGGCAGAGUAGGCGACCUGAAAGCUGAGAUUGUCAAGUCUGAGUUGAAAGCCCGACUUACGUGGACGUCGCCAGAUAUGGGCGGAAACUCUGUAGCCCGAUAUGAAAUCCGGUAUUCACAGUCACUUCGCUCAUUGCUCAACGACUUCGAUUCGGCACCGAUUUGGAUUCACGGAGCCCCAUUGCCGUUGGCUCCUGGCUCAGAGACCGCGUUUUCAAUGGACAUGAACAAGAUGCCCGAGCUCUUAGACCAAACGCUGUUCGUGGCUGUUAAAGCGUACGGUCGCGUCGAGUCUGAUUCCAUUCCUGGGCCCGUAUCUAACUGGGUCAGGGUGUCAGUGCCAUCACCACCGCCUCCACCAUCGUUGAUCACCACUCACUCAUCAGUGUCGUCAGCCGACCCGUCUUGGACAUCUGCCAACCAGAACGUCAUACCCGGGAUUGCCCGGGACUUUGAGAUGAACUACGACGUCUUGGUACCGGCUGCCGGUGGCCUAAUGCUUCUGGCUCUGCUCUUGCUUAUGUACUGCGUGUUUUGUGCCGUAAAACGCAACCGGAAGCCUGAGAAACAAUCACCCAAGCCGGAAAAAUCGCUCAAUGUGUCUGUCAUACCCAACGGCAACGGUGGUGCACUGAACAUAUCUUCUCCCAUGAACGCCAUCAAGACGGAACUAGAAUCGCAUUUUGAACCUUGUCUGAUCGACACGGGUGACGCGAAAAAACGGUACAGCGUGGCACAAUACGGACCGGCCGCAACCAACGACCAUCACUACAAUCUCCAGCAGCAGCAGCAGCAUCAGCAACAGCACCAACAACCACAUCAACAACCCCAUCCUUACCAUCACCAGAGUAAUGGUCACCUGAGCGUGAUUGCUGGAGCAACAUUGACCCGUGCACCGAAACCGCUGAGUCCGUAUCAAUCGUGGACCGCUUCGCAGCUGUUGCAUGAACACGAGCGCAGGACCAGUCCUUACGGUCAGAUCGGUGACUUCGAGAACCAGUACCCGCCACCAGUACCUCCUCUGCCAGCGUACCAGCAACAACAACUCCAACAGCAACAGCAGCAGCAAGCCAAUGCGGAAAAUAUUUACGGAACGGCUCCGGGCCAUUUCCAGCAGCAGCAGCAAAACGGACUUCCACCUCCAGGCCAGUACAACAACUAUCACCGGAACAAUAUGAUCCUGUUCAACCAAAGUCUGCAGGGAUCGUUGAGUUCGGUUAGCAGCGGCGAUAAGAAAAAGCGAAACAUAACCAUGGUAUAAUUACUCAAGAAAGUAAAGAAGACGACGACGACGGAGCGUUGAAGUUAUUAAGACUGACUACUUAUUUUGUGUGACUUUGGUCUUCUCUGAUGCUAAUCGUGUGUACGUGCACUAUUCGGUCUGUUAACUGGAUGUUAAUUUUUUUUUUGCGGUUUCUAGUCAAAUUCACUAAUGUCGUAGACUAAAAACCACCACACGUACAACCAAGUUAUAUUUUGUUUUUUUGUUAUGAUCUCACUUGUUUCUUGUAAAAUACUUUUGUAAUUAAAUUAAAAUAAUUUCCCCUCUUGUAUUUGUAUAAUGAUGGUAAUUAAUAAUAAUGGUAAUUAUUAUUUUACUGCUACUACUACUAUACUAUUACGUUCGUUAAGGACCAUUGUAUAAGCCUUAUUAUUAUGAAACUGCCUCAAAUCCCUAAAUA